AUGCCACCAGUUAUGGCCCGGCUGCAGCAAGUGGCCAAGAUGGUGAUGAGCAGGAAGAAGGUGGUGGUGCUGCUGCUGCUGGGGGGGACGCUGAGCCUGCUCCUGCACCAGGGAUCGCAGCUCAGCUGGUCCCUGCGGCUGCUCUUCCCGGCGGUGGCGCCCCGGUGCCCGGCAAGCCCCACGCGGCCCAAGCACACGGCCGUGGCCUUCGUCAAGACACACAAGACGGCAGGCACCACGGUGCAGAACAUCCUGUUCCGCUUCGCCGAGCGGCACAACGUGACGCUGGCGCUGCCCCGCCCCAGCUGCGAGCACCAGUUCUGCUACCCGCGCAACUUCUCGGCGCGCUUCGUGCACCCGGCCACGCGGCCGCCCCGCAUGCUGGCCGGCCACCUGCGCUUCAACCGUGCUGAGCUGCGGCGCCUCCUGCCCAACGACACGGUCUAUGUGACCAUCCUGCGCGAGCCGGCCGCCAUGUUCGAGUCGCUCUUUAGCUACUACAACCGCUACUGCCCAGCCUUCGUCCGCGUGCCCAAUGGCUCCCUGGAGACCUUCCUGCGCGCGCCGCGCGCCUACUACCGGCCGGACGAGCGCUUCGCCAUGUACGCUCACAACACGCUGGCCUAUGACCUGGGCGGCGACAACGAGCGCAACGCGCAGCACGAGCCGGCCUACCUAGCGGCCCUCAUCCGCGACGUCGAAGCCACCUUCUCUCUGGUCAUGAUUGCUGAGUACUUCGACGAGUCGCUGGUGCUGCUGCGCCGCCUGCUGGCUUGGGACCUGGACGACGUGCUCUACGCCGAGCUCAACGUGCGCAGCGCCGCCUCACGCCUCGCUUCGCUCCCCGAAGGCUUGGCGCGUGCCGCGCGCCGCUGGAACGCGCUCGACGCGGGCCUCUACGCGCACUUCAACGCCUCCUUCUGGGACCGCGUGGCGCGCGCUGGCCGUGAGUGCGUGCAGCACGAGGCGCGCCAACUGCGCGAGGCGCGGGAACGACUGCUGCGCCGCUGCUUCGGCCCACGCCCGCGCCUGCGCCCGGCCGCUGAGAUCCGCAACAAGCAGCUGCAGCCCUGGCAGCCGCUGGGCAACGUGGGCAUCGUGGGGUAUGACCUGCCCAGCCGCUCGCCUUGGGGAUCCCCUAGCAGAGACGAGUGCCUCAAGCUGGCCAUGCCCGAGGUGCAGUACUCGAGCUAUCUGUUGCACAAACAGAAGCGCCGCGCCGGGGCCUCAGCGGGCGACCACCCGCCGCCGCCCCCGCCGCCGCGCCCUAUCCGCGCCCUGCCGCGGCCCCGGCCCUGGGUCAGGAGGGACUGA